CUCACCAACCUGCCGCCGGAUAUCACCCUGAAUACCUUCAUCCGGGAGCAUGCCCAGCUUACGGCCACCAAGUUCAUGUGUCAGGAGGGAGGGUGUGGAGCCUGUGUCUGUGUGGUGCGCGAUGGAAAACGCAGCUGGGCUGUCAACUCGUGCCUAACUCUACUCAACACCUGCGCCAAUCUGGAGAUCGUCACGGCCGAGGGACUGGGCAACCAGCGCUCGGGCUACAAUCCCAUCCAGAAGAGACUGGCCAAGAUGAACGGCACCCAGUGCGGCUUCUGCUCCCCGGGAUUCGUAAUGAAUAUGUAUGGGUUGCUGCAGCAAAACGACGGAAAAGUGUCCAUGACAGAAGUGGAGAACUCCUUCGGGGGCAACAUUUGCCGAUGCACUGGCUACCGACCCAUUCUGGAUGCCAUGAAGUCCUUCGCUGUGGACAGCAACAUCCAGAUCCCCAAGGAGUGUGCCGACAUCGAGGAUCUUAAGCCCCGCAACUGUCCCAAGACGGGAUUAGCCUGCAGCUGCACAUGCGAUCAGUCCCGAACAAACUUGGUCUACGACGAUGGAAGCCAGUGGCAUUGGCCCAAGAAUCUCACCGACUUGUUUGAGGCUCUUGAGAAGGUCAAAGAUUCCGAGGAGUUCAUGCUGGUGGCAGGAAACACCGCUCACGGUGUCUACCGAAGAUCAUCCGAAAUAAAGCACUUUAUCGAUGUGAAUGGAGUGGAGGAACUGCAUCAGCACGGCACCGAAGGGAAUGAGCUUAAGCUUGGAGCUAACCUCAGUCUCACUCAGACUAUGGAAAUCAUUCGAACGGCCUCCAAGCAGCCAGGGUUUGAGUACCUGGAAGUCCUGUGGAACCACAUUGAUUUGAUUGCCAACGUACCAGUCCGCAACUCGGGAACUUUGGCUGGCAACAUAUCGAUAAAGAAGCAACAUCCCGAGUUCCCAUCGGAUAUCUUCAUAUCCUUUGAAGCUCUGGACGUAAAAGUCUUGGCCGCCAAAAAUGCCACUGAAGAUCAGAAACUGACUUUUUCGGAGUAUUUGAGUUCAAACGACAGGAAACUGGUGCUCAAGAGUUUUAUCCUUCCGGCGUAUCCUAAGGACACUUACAUUUACGACUCUUACAAGAUCAUGCCACGAGCCCAGAACGCACACGCUUAUGUAAACGCAGCUUUCCUCUUGGAAUUGGAAACUGACUCCAAAGUGAAAUCCGCUCGCAUCUGCUUCGGGGGAAUACGACCCGAUUUCGUUCACGCCUGGGGGGUGGAAAAGUUGCUGGUGGAUCAGAAUCCCUACGAAAACAAUUCGGUGGAACAGACAUUCAAGAAACUCGGGGAAGUGAUCGAACCUGAUGAGGUGCUACCUGACGCCAGUCCCGCUUACCGAACCAAGUUAGCUUGUGGACUUCUCUACAAGUUUCUCUUGAAACACGCUCCCACUGCCAAUGUCAGCGAGAAGUUCAAGAGUGGAGGCCACAUCCUCCAGCGUCCGCUGUCCUCUGGACUGCAGCAAUUCCAGACUCAGAAGAAGAGUUACCCCGUCACCCAGGCUGUCGAGAAGGUGGAGGGCAUGAUCCAGUGCUCCGGGGAAGCCACCUACAUGAAUGAUGUGUUGACUACUUCGAACGCUGUCCACUGUGCUUUUGUUGGUGCCACCAAGGUUGGAGCCACCAUCGACCAGAUCGACGCAUCGGAGGCUCUGAAGCAGCCAGGGGUAAUAGCUUUCUAUUCUGCGAAGGACAUUCCUGGAAAGAACACCUUCAGUGAUCCCAGUUUUGGGUUUCAAGUUGAAGAAAUUUUCUGUUCGGGAUUGGUUCGCUUUUGUGAACAGCCUUGUGGGAUCAUUGUGGCUCUUUCGGCAGAUCAGGCACAACGUGCUGCCAAGCUGGUUGAGAUCAGCUACAGCAGUCCCAGCCCUGAGUUUAAGUUGCUACCCAGUCUGAAGGAUGUUUUUGCAUCUCCUACUCUAGAAUCAUCUCGCAUAUCUCUCGUUGCAAUGUCAUCUGUAAAGGAGGUACAGUUUUCCGGCGAACCGGAUACGGAAGUACGAGGAAUUUUUGAGUUGGGGUUGCAGUAUCAAUUUCCAAUGGAGCCACAAACAACGGUGGCGAUUCCUUUCGAGGAUUGCCUCAAAGUAUACUCUUCUACUCAAUGGAUGGAUCAUACGCAGUCGGUUAUUGCUAACUGCCUUCAGAUGAAGGCGAAUAACGUUCAGUUGCAGGUUCGCAGAUUGGGCGGAGCUUAUGGAUCAAAAAUUUCUCGUGGAAACCAGGUGGCUUGUGCUGCUUCUUUGGCGGCUUACAAGCUAAACCGGCCAGCUCGGUUUGUACAGAGCAUGGAGUCCAUGAUGGACUGCAAUGGAAAACGGUGGGCUUGCCGCUCCGACUACCAGUGCCAUGUGAAGGAUAAUGGCAAGAUUGUCGGCUUAUCCCACGAUUAUUUUGAAGACGCUGGCUGGUGUCCAAACGACAGUCCUGUAAACCUUCAAUCCAAGUUUACCGCCCCCAAUUGUUACGACUUCACCGAACGGAAUUUCAAACUUAAUGGCCACGAGGUCCUCACAGAUGCCCCCAGUUCCAGUUGGUGCCGAGCCCCAGGGUCGGUGGAGGGAAUCGCCAUGAUAGAGAACAUCAUCGAGCACGUUGCUUUCGAGGUGCAAAAGGAUCCAGCUGAAGUCAGACUGGCUAAUAUUUCUGCCGGAAACAAAAUGACCGAAUUGCUACCGGAACUCCUACAGUCCAGGGAUUAUUAUGAAAGAAAGCAGCAGAUCGAGGAUUAUAACGCCACAAACCGAUGGAUGAAGCGGGGAAUCGGAUUGGCUGUUAUGGAAUACCCCGUUUUCUAUUUUGGGCAGUACCCGGCGACAGUGGCCAUUUACCAUGUGGAUGGAUCGGUUGUGAUUAGCCACGGAGGCAUCGAAAUGGGACAAGGUAUGAACACAAAGGUUGCUCAAGUGGCGGCCUACACUUUGGGAAUCGGUAUGAGCUACAUCAAAGUGGAGUCUUCGGAUACCAUCAACGGAGCCAACUCCAUGGUAACUGGUGGGGCUUUGGGUAGUGAGAGGCUUUGCUUCGCCGUCCGGAAAGCCUGUGAAACCCUUAACGAUCGAUUGAAACCACUUAAAAAGAAGGAUGCCACUUGGAUGGAAAUUGUUAAAGCGGCAUAUAGGAAAUCGAUCAACAUGAUCGCAUCCGAACACUAUAAGGAAGACGAUAUGGAGAACUAUCACAUCUAUGGACUAGCACUCACUGAAGUAGAACUCGACGUGCUCACCGGAAACAGUCAGAUCACACGGGUAGACAUUUUGGAGGAUGCUGGCGAAAGCCUGAGUCCCUACAUUGACGUGGGCCAGGUGGAGGGAGCCUUUGUGAUGCUCUUGGGCUACUGGCUAAGUGAGCAGCUGGUCUAUGAUCGCGAAACGGGUCGCCUUCUCACCAAUCGCACAUGGUAUUACAAGCCACCGGGCGCCAAGGACAUACCCAUCGACUUUCGCAUUGAGCUCAUCCAGAAACCAAAUCCUAGCGGGGCAGGAUUCAUGCGAUCGAAGACCACAGGUGAGCCACCUUGCUGUCUGGCAGUCAGUGUGGUCUUUGCUCUUCGUCAAGCGCUGCAGUCGGCGCGUCAAGAUGCUGGACUUCCGAGGGAGUGGGUACGUCUGGGAGCUCCCACUACUCCAGAAACAUUAGUGCUAAAUGCAGGCCAUGAUGUAUCAAGUUUUAGGCUUAAUUAG